AUGAAAAUUUUUAAAGCAAAAAUAUUUCUGCUUUGGAUGUUUGCCUAUUUAAUUUGUGUUAAAAGCUAGUGUGAUGAAAUUAAAGAUCAAAAAUAAUGUAAUGAAAAUAAUCAAUGCGAAUGGGAUUAUUGGAAACCUUCAAAAUGUUAAAAUAUAUGUAGUUUAUUGACUAUUGAAAAUGCUUGCAACUUUGCAGCAAAUUGUAAAUGGAUAGCGAGUUCAUCUUCUUGUUUUAUUAAAAAAUGCACAGAAGAAAAGAGCAUUGAUAGGUGUGAUAAAAUCGUAUUAAUUUAACUUAAUUAGGUUGCGUGCACUUGGCAAGAUGAUAAAUGUUGGGACUCUUCAUGCAUUUAAUUAUAAGCUAAAGAAGCUGGUAAAUGUGCUACUGCAUAUUGUAUUUGGGAUGAUAAUAGGCAACUUUGUUAUGAUAAAAAAUGCUCAGACUAUUAUAAUCAAUAUGAUUGUUCUCAAAUGUCAUUUUGUAUUUGGUUUAAAUACAAAUGUAUUGAUAAUGGGAAUCAAAAGCUUGAUUUUUGA